AUGAACAGCGAGCUUCCCGUGGAACUUCUGCAGGGCGAAUGGCCGUGUCAAAGUAAGAUCGACUUGCUCACGAGGACUUUGGCGGCGCACCAACAACUCGCUUCGCGACUGCAGUCCAUGACGCGCGACUUACGGGGAGAGCGCUACUAUCCCUCACAGAGCGAGACCAAACAGCUGUGCGUGCGGGUGUAUCACACAUACGUUCCACCUACUCAAGCCACUGCAGACACAGUGGCGACACCAGGAAAGUGGACGCUCAAAGUUGAAGGAGUCGACGCUGCAGCUGGACGUCCUACAAUUGUGAAAUUCUCGAGCUACUUUCGAAAAGCUUCCAUUGAACUCGAUCCACAUCUUUACUCGGACCACGUGAUUGAAUGGACGAGUUUUCAGAAGACUAGUCAUGAUGUCGACGGACUUGAAGUAACAAGGACCGGAAGUACGGCGCAUACAGUGAAGAUCAAGCUACUGCCAGCACAUACUCUCGAGCGGUUCACUAUCUCGCCUGUGUUGAAAGCAGUCAUUGGCCAGUAUGUCGGUCCGGCCAAGGCAUACACGAAGCAGGAUAUCGUGCUCGCAAUGUGGCAAUAUAUAAAGCUGCGUAAUCUGAUCAAAGAGGACGACUGUCGGAUGGUUGCGUGUGAUGACAGGUUGGCACAAGUGCUGAACUGUGUGUCGCUGCCAUUCACGUCGAUUAUAGUGGCGCUCAAGCAGCAUCUAGCACCCGUUGACGCUAUCGACCUCGAGUACACACUGAUCCUCUCGGCGGCAUGCGAAUCCGAGUUGCUCGAAGAGCAGUUCUUUGACGUGUCUGUUGCAGCAACGUCCGAAUUAGACCGGACUCGGGUCCGUGCUCUUAAAGAAUGUGAGGAUCUGACACAAGACCAGAGCAAGGAACUUGCGCUGCUGAAGGAACAAGAGUUAGAUAUCUUGGAGCGUUUGCAAAUGUACGCGCGGAAGAAGGAAUGGAUGACUCAGUUCGCUCAAGAUCCGUGCGGGUUCAUGGCAGAUGUGGAAAAGUCCCAGCUGGCUGACGAGGAGAUUUUGACUGCCGAGACGCAACUGGAUGAGUUCAAUAUCCCCCAUCCUCAGCAGUUCACGCAGCCAUGGGUUCGUGGGGUUGUUGGCGAGCUGCUUACGACUCGCUCUACCAACUAG